AUGGCGGCGAUGGUAGCUCGGGACUCGUCGGGAUCUGUUGUAUGGUGGCGGGUUACUAAAAUUACGGGGAACGUCCGGCCAGUGGAAGGGGAAGCACAUGCAGCCCUACGAGCCAUCCGAGAAGCUUUGAAGAAUGGGUGGAACUCAAUCAUCUUGGAGGGCCACUGCCUCCAACUUAUUUCUGCUCUGCAGGAGGAGGAGCAAUCUCUUCACUCUUUUGGAGCAUUUGUCGAAGAAAUUAAGGGUUUAGGUCUUUCAUUUAGUUCUUGCAAAUUUUCGUUCGUUAAAAGGCACUGUAAUAAACUCGCUCAUUCGCUCGCGAGUCUCCAUUUGUCUGACAUUCAGGAAGGCUCCAAUCUCCCUGUUGAACUGGCUAUGGUAGCCUAA